CUAAACCUUAGAGACGCAGCCUGUGGUGGGCGGACUUUAGAGACUCAGGUCUGUCAAGGAUCAAAUCUGCUCUUCAUCCGGGAUUUGACACAUCAUAAGACAAUUUCUCUUCCUAUAUUCCUCCUCACACUUUCAAACAGCUUUUUGCUCGACCAACAUGGCAGCUCAGUGUGUCACCAAGGUGGAGCUGACCGUGUCCUGUGACAAUCUCCUGGACAAAGACAUUGGCUCCAAAUCAGACCCUCUUUGUGUCCUGUUAAUGAGCAGCUCCAACUCUCAGUGGUAUGAGGCGGCACGCUCAGAGAAAGUCCAGAACUGCCUCAGUCCAAAGUUUGCCAAAAAGUUUGCCAUCGACUACUACUUCGAAAUAGUACAGAAACUCAAGUUUGGAAUUUAUGACAUCGACAACAAGACAAUUGAUCUGAGUGAUGAUGACUUCCUGGGGGAACUGGAGUGUACCUUGGGCCAGGUUGUAUCCAGUAAAAAACUGACACGACCUCUCGUCUUGAAGAACAAGUCUCCUGCAGGAAAAGGCACCAUCACUAUCAGUGCAGAAGAAAUAAAAGAUAACAGAGUGGUGAACUUUGAGGUGCAAGCAAGGAAAUUAGACAACAAGGAUUUAUUUGGGAAGUCUGACCCUUACCUGGAAUUCUACAAGCAGACGGCAAAUUCAUGGCAGCUGGCUCACAGGACAGAGGUGGUGAAGAACAACUUGAAUCCAACAUGGAGACCCUUUCGAAUCCCCCUGCAGUCUCUGUGUGGAGCAGACAUGGACAAACCCAUAAAAGUCGAGUGUUACGAUUAUGACAACGACGGUUCUCACGAUCUCAUUGGAAGCUUUGAGACAACAAUGACACGCCUGCAGGAAGCAUCACAUUCUUCUCCGGCGGAGUUUGACUGCAUAAACAGUAAAAAGAAACAGAAGAAGAAAAGCUACAAAAACUCUGGGGUGGUGAGCGUGAAGCUGUGUCAGGUGGUGAAGGAGUAUACAUUCCUGGAUUAUAUCAUGGGAGGCUGCCAAAUAAACUUCACCGUGGCCAUCGACUUCACAGGCUCCAACGGGGAUCCCAAGUCCCCUCAGUCUCUGCAUUACAUUAGUCCUCAGGGCGUUAACGAAUACCUUUCUGCUAUCUGGUCUGUGGGUAACGUCAUCCAGGACUACGACAGUGACAAGAUGUUUCCUGCUUUUGGCUUUGGAGCCCAGAUUCCUCCCACUUGGCAGGUUUCCCACGAGUUUCCACUCAAUUUCAACCCAUCAAAUCCAUUUUGUACAGGUGUUGAAGGGAUCGUGGAGGCCUACAGGGUGUGUUUGCCGCAGGUCAAACUCUACGGUCCCACCAACUUCUCCCCGAUCAUCAACCACGUGGCCUGCUUUGCUAAGCAAGCCCUACAACAGACCACUGCAUCACAAUACUUUGUUCUGCUCAUUAUCACUGACGGAGUGAUCACUGACAUGGACGAAACCCGCAACGCCAUCGUCAACGCCUCUCGUCUGCCUAUGUCCAUCAUCAUCAUCGGAGUAGGAGGGGCGGACUUCAGUGCCAUGGAGUUCCUGGAUGGAGACGACGGACGCCUGCGCUCUCUGUCUGGCGAGACAGCCAUGCGCGACAUCGUCCAGUUUGUGCCGUUCAGGCAGUUCCAAAAUGCACCCAGCCAGGCUCUUGCCCAAAGCGUAUUGGCAGAGUUACCUCAGCAAGUGGCCUCCUUCUUCAGUUUAUUCAAACUGAAGCCUCCCCAAGAGCCCAGUCCUUCAUAGGGCUCCCAAAGAAGCACUGGCAAAGAGUGUGUUAGCAGAGGUCCCAGGUCAGCUGGUGGAAUUUUUCAAUAUCAUGAAGCUGAAUCCGCCCGUCGCCAAUUCUGCACAAAACCCUGCAGCGACUGUCUGACAGUUGCAAGGAGGAACCACAAACAGACCACUAUCAUCUCAUGCAGACUCAAAUCUGAUCCCAGCUUCAUCUCAUCACCCAGUUAAAUGACCCCACCCACAAAACUUUAUUCACUCAUCACUUAAAUGUCACCACCAGCUCACCUUCACAUUCUCCACGCUUCAUAAACACUCCAUAGACAGUUAUAGAUAGUUUCCCUAUAGACGUAGCUGUUGUUAUUUCUUUAUAUCCAUGUAUAUUCAUUUUAGCAGCUGCUCAGUGCCGCUAAAUCCAAACAAAUAUUCAGUCAUUCCAUUAUGAUUUUAACUGCAUGAGUAGGGAAUUGAUAAUAUCUGUAGAGUUAACUAAAACCAACACUUGAUGCAUAUAAUAAUAAUAGCAAAGUGCCAUUUAUUUUUUUGAGCCUGCUUUGAUGGCUGCAGCAUCCUUUUACAUUGGUUCUGUAAAAGGCUAUUACACUCUCUCUCUCUUUUUUUUUAGUCAUGUAACCCUGGUGUCAAGGUGCAUAGAUCUAAGGUCAGUGACCCUCUCAUGUAUGAGAGCUGCAGUGAUGCUAGUAGUACAGUAUAUUUUUACAUAUGCCAAGAAGCUUUAUAGUCUAGAGUCUAUACUUGCAUAAAUGUAUGUCGUCUUUGCACUUACCCAUAAUCACGUGAGCUACGAAAAGUCUAGCAUUUGUUGCCCUAUCAUGAGAGAAUUUGUUGUUGUGAAGACAUUCUAUCUUUAAAUGUCCAGUGUGUAGAAUUUAGGCAUAAUCCAUCUAUGGAAAUGAAAUAUUUUAUUAUCAUCAUAGGUCUCUUUUUUUAUUAUUCAUUUAUCACCUCAAACUAAAAAUUUUUUUGGGUGGCAUCAAACGUUAAAGGUGCAUUACCACCACUUACUAUGCAGGAGUGAGCAAAACAGUUUUCAUCACCUUUGGCCUCAGUCAGACCUGGUGUUAACGUCUGUCCUCAGUGAGGGGACAACCUUUUACAAUUGUACAAUUGUCUUUAAAAUGGGUCUCUUGUGACCACCCAGUAAAGAGAAUAAAGAAUAAAGAUGAGAGACGGUGAGUAAAUCAAAGCACUACUAUAACAUGAGACAAGAUUGUAACCAUCCGACAGUUGGGGUUAAUAUUGUGACAGUGGCUAUAACUAAGUCCUGAUAAGUGAAAAAAUCCUUAAGACUGAUUGGGUUCAUGCAAGAUCAGGUCUGAACAGGGACUUAGAUUUACAAGUCCUUAACAUUAAGCUAGGAUCAGGUCCUCUUUCACAAAGUCUGCCGUGUUUAGACAGAUUCUGAUAAACACCAACUCUCUCGUUUGCAACUUCACCCGUAGAUGCCACUAAAUCCUACACACUGGUCCUUUAAGUAUUAGAUGGAACUGGAAGCUCUCGUUUUUUUAUCUCACUCAUCCAAAAUGUGUUUGUUUGUUUGUGUUUGCCACUGUCACCGACGCGUCUGGUGAGCAGACAACUUGGGUUAGCUUCCGGCCAUUUACUUUUAAUUUAGUCAUGAUUUAAUUUCAGUUUAUAAAGGACAUCCAGUUACAGAGGUGAUGAUUCAGUGCUAAUGUGGGACCUCCAAAUUGUCAUGGAGGAUUCAUUACAGGACUGUUGAAUUAGCUGAGUUAAUAAACUGACACCUGUAUGUAUAUCAGUAUUAACUUGCUCUCCCUGUAGGAAGUCAGUGCCAUAUUAUUCCAUCGUUACUUGUUAAUAUUUUUUUCUAAAAUCUAUAAAAUGUCUAUCUGAGGUUUCCUGUUGCUGAGAGCUGAAAUGCUUCAUGUACCUUUUGUGUUAACAUCCAAAGAGUGUAUCAAGCUUGCAAAUAAAACAGCUUCGAUUCAA